AUGCAGGCGGUGGGCCGGCUGCCGAGCUCGCCGGCCGGCGUGGUGCGCAGCGUCCCGUCCGGCUCGUUCUGGGCAGGGGCGCGGCAGGAGUCUUUCCGGUCGCACGUGUCGCUGAAGUCGGUCCCGAGCCACAAGUCUAUCCAGAGCCAGGAGAGUUUCUCCAGCAAGUUGCGAAGGAAGAGCAAGCACAGCGAGAUCUCGUUCGCGAUGGGCUCCUCGGGCUCUUUCAUUGGGACGCAGUUGGUCGUCUCGAACAUGGCGUCUUCGGAGUCUGCGUCAGAUAGGUUUCACGUCCACGACGAGCGCAUGACCGCGUUCCUGGUGUUGACUGCGGUCCACGACGUUAUGAAGAACCCGUUGUUGUUGCCGACAGUCCAGAGGAAGCACGCGCCGUACCACGGCAUCUCGGAAGGCAGCAAGAUCUGCGACCACGACCUGGCAUUGACGUACAUCAUGGAGCAUUUCUCCGGCCUGCUGCCCAGUUUCCACGGCCUGGAGCCGAGCAAGCGCGCCCCCGUCUUCUUCUCGCAGGGCAAGAUGGGCUUCAACAACGGCUGGCUCGUGCAGGGCGAGGCCCCGCCGGGCGCCCUCUUCUCCACGUUCAAGGAGAUGAUCACCCUCGGCGGGGCGUCGGAGGCGGACAUCAGCUUCUACUUUGCGCACUGGCUCACCGACCUCGCCGGGGCCGAGGCGUUUGGAUUGAGGCCCUGGCCUGGAUCCGAGAAGUUCGUCCUCAAGUUCCCCAUGGAGGUGCUCCUUGCCUUCCUGGACUCCUUCACCUACGUGGACAACCUCGUGGAGAACUCGGAGGUCCAGGUCAUGGAGGAGUACCUCAGGGACCGGUGGCAUACGCUGGGCCCGCCGGCAAAGGUCGUGCCAGAGGGCUGCAUCAUCGCGGCCAUGCGCUUGGCGCUCAUGGCGCAGGGCUUCGAGCCCGCGGCCAUGGACGCCCUGAGGCAGCUGCCGGCUUCGGAUCGCAAUGUUCUGGCUGCGGAGCUCGCGAGGACGGGGCUGCGCCAGCAGUUCGCGGGCGCCCCCGCGGAGGUGCGCAGCCAGCCGCGGGGGCCGGCGCUGCUCAUCUACUACGCCCCCGGCCUGAUCCAGAAGGCGGGGGCGCCCCACGUGGGCGAGGCGCUGCAGAUCCUGGCGGCACUGUGCCGCGCGGCGCGCCGGCUCUUCCCGUUGGAUGCCGCCCCGCACCUGGUGGAGAGGACCGUGGUCGUGCGCAUCGAGGCCAUGAAGGUGCUCUCGCCCCCCGAGAUCCGGGCGGCCGGGACCUGGCUCCUCCGCGCGACCACGGCGGAGUACGCCGUGGCCGAGCGGUGCAGCGACCAGCCGCGCGGCCUCCCGGAGGUGCGGGCGGCGGCCGCGGACGCCCCGCAGGACCGGCCGGAGGAUGUCGACGCAGACGCCAGGGUGGCCAUCGUCGAGAUACCGCCGCUCCAGCCCGCCCCGUCCGAGGUCCGGAGCUCGCUCGACGUGCCGGCGCCGCAAGGAACACCUCGUACCAGCUCCCGCCGUACUUCGCGGUGCAGCGUUGCCACGCCGCAGGAGUCGGGCCCCACCGCUCCGCCGAGCCCGCGGGUCUUGUCGGUCUGA